AUGUUUUUGCUAAUCAAUGUUGUUCUCACCUUGUGGCUUUCCUGUGCUCAUGGGCAAGUGAAACCUUGUGAUUUUCCAGUAAUAAAACAUGGAAGGUUAUAUUAUGCAUUUAAAGGAUACUUUCCAGCAAGUGUUGGUCAACAGUUUUCCUAUCGCUGUAAUCGGUAUUUUGUGACUCCUUCACAAAGUCCCUGGGAUUACAUGACUUGCACCCUGAAAGGAUGGUCCCCAGAAGUGCCCUGCCUCAGACAAUGUACUUUCAAUUAUUUGGAAAAUGGAUAUUACACAAAUUCCCAAGAAAAGUAUUUACAAGGUAAAACUGUAAGAGUCCGCUGCCAUGAUGGCUAUAGUCUUCACAAUAAUCAGAACACAAUGACUUGCACAGAGAAGGGCUGGUACCCUCCUCCAAUAUGCGUCCGCGUCGAGUCACACUUGAGGAGCUGCUCAACAACCAAACAACACAACUGGAAUACCUGCAUGAACGUGCCUUUGAGAAUGUCUAACAUGCUGUUACUACUCAAUGUCAUCCUCACCCUGUGGGUUUGCUGUGCUCAUGGGCAAGGAAGAAUGUGUGAUUUUCCAGAAAUAAAACAUGGAAGCAUAUAUAAUGAAAAUAGAUAUAAAAAAUUCUUCCCAGCUGAUGUAGGGAAAUAUUUCUACUACACCUGUGAACACAGCUUCGUGACUCCUUCACAAUCACUCUGGACUCGAAUAAACUGUACAGAGGAAGGAUGGUCCCCAACACCAAAGUGCCUCAGACAGUGCUUUUUCCCUUGGGUGGAAAAUGGUCAAUCUACAUCUUCAGGACAAACGCACCGGGAAGGUGACAUCGUUCACAUUGUGUGUAAUGCUGGCUACAGCCUCCCAAACGGUCAGAGCAGCAUUGCAUGCAGAGAAAGUGGCUGGUCCUCCCCUCCUGAAUGCCGUCGUGUCUAUCCUCAAGGAAGAUGUGGGCCUCCUCCACCAAUAGACAAUGGAGACACUGUCUCACUCCCAUUACCGCAAUAUCCUCCAGAAUCAGCUGUUGAGUACAAGUGCCAGGCCUACUAUGUACUUCAGGGAGACAAACACAUAGUGUGUCGGAAUGGAGAGUGGUCAGAACCACCAAAGUGCUUAGAUGCAUGUGUAAUUUCAGAAGAAAUGAUGCAACAACACAACAUACAGUUAAAAUGGAGACAAGAUAGAAAACUUUAUACUAGAACAGAUGACAAUAUUGAAUUUACGUGUAAACAUGGAUAUCGCCCAACGACACCAAAGCAUACAUUUCGAACAACCUGUCACGAAGGAAAAGUGGUGUAUCCUCAUUGUGAACGAAACAUUGAUGACUUUGGGAAAGCCCCUAAAACUGGGGGCUGGCUGCCAGUUUUGGCUGGCAGAACCAACCUUAUGAUCAAAGGAUCAGAACAUUCAGUCUUAUCUCCUAACCUCCAGUCUCCUCCUGUCUUUAGAGGCAGCGCGGGCAGCAGGGAUAGCAAGAGGAGCCGAACCGCCGGUGCCCCUCCUGGCCUCGCCACUCCCAGCUGGCUGGACGCCGGCCUCGCUCUUCUGGAAAGCGCCGCGCCAAGUUUAAAUAAGGUGCCGUCUCCUCAUUGGCUGGCGCUGCUGCUCGUUGAUUGGCUCCGCGCGAAGGAGGGCGGUACCGGGCGCGCCCAUUGGUGGAGGAGGAAAUUUUUAACUGGUCGAUGCCCCUGCGCCAUUAGCUCCUCUUUGCAGUUUGAGAGUCUCUUGCCCGGGCUAUCUUCCUGGGACUCGGUGAUCCGAGGAGAAGGGGCGAAUUCUCUCUCGAUCCCCGCAGCUCCUCGAGGGGACGCGGUGCGCGUUCCUUCGGAGGCCGCUCGGAGCAUCCCGUCGGACCCGGAGGCCUUGCUCGCAGACAAGGCAGCUUCUCCUCCAGAUCAGCAGGGGGACAGAGCCUCUCGGGAGGAAGGGCCUCGCCACACUGCGUUGCGAAGAAGAAAUCGGUGUCCUCCUCCGCCUCUGCCUCUGAACUCCAACCUUCAAACGUGCUCAACCACCUACCGGCACGGAGAAACAGUUCGUGUAGAGUGUGGACUUAACUUCGCCAGGCAGGGGGCAGGGGAGAUACGCUGCGAAAACGGGAAAUGGACGGAGCCUCCCAAAUGCGUUGAGGACAAGCAGAGGAUGACCUGUGAGGCCCCGCCGUCGGUGGGGAAUGGCGCGGCAAACCCGCCCUCCGAGGUUUAUCACAGCGGGGAUAAGGUGGCCGUAACUGGCAUGUUGCUUUUAACUCAUGUCCUUCUAAUCUUAUGGAUUUCUACUGUGGGGGGACAAGGUAAACAUUGUGAUUUUCCAAAAAUAAACCAUGGAAUUCUGUAUGAUGAAAAGAAAUACAAGGCAUCUUUCCCAGUUUCUCUUGGGAAAAUUUUCUAUUAUUCCUGUGAAUAUAAUUUUAUGUCUCCUUCAAAACACUUUUGGACUCCCAUAACAUGCACAGAGGGCGGAUGGUCACCGAUUCCAAAGUGUCUCAGAGUGUGUUUCUUUCCUUUUGUGGAAAACGGUCAAUCUGCAUCUUCGGGACAAACAUACCUGGAAGGCGCCACUGUGCAAAUUACCUGCAAUAAGGGCUACAGCCUCCCGGAUAACAAGGGCAGCAUUACCUGUGCUGAAGGGGGCUGGUCCUCCCCCCCUGAAUGCAUCUCCACCAAAAAAUGUUUAAAAACAGAUAUUGUAGUUGCCAAUGGGUUUUUUUCUGAGUCAGAAUAUGCUUAUUCUGUAAAUAAAGAAACGCAAUAUAAGUGUAAACCAGGAUACAUGACAGCAGAUGGGAAAACAUCAGGGACAGUUCAAUGUUUGCAAGGUGGAUGGUCAAGUCAACCCACUUGUAUUAAGUCCUGUGAUAGGCCAGUAUUAGUGAAUGCCAGAGUCAAGAGUGAUGUCACAUGGUUUCAGCUCAAUGACAGGCUGAACUACGAAUGCCACGCUGGCUAUGAAAACCAAGAUGGACGCACCACAGACUCCAUAGUGUGUGGUGAAGACGGCUGGUCCCAUUUGCCCACAUGCCGUGAGUCUGCACAAUAUUGUGGGCCGCCUCCGCCUAUUGACAAUGGAGACAUCACCUCCUUCCCCUUAUCAGCAUACUCUCCAGGGUCAGUGGUCCAGUACCGCUGCCAAUCUUUCUAUGAGCUCCGGGGAAACCUGACUGUGACGUGCAGAAAUGGACAGUGGUCAGAACCACCCACAUGCAUUGAUGCAUGUAUCAUAUCUGAAGAUAGAAUGAACAAAAAUAACAUACAGUUAAAACGGAGAAACCCCCCAAGCAGAUAUGCUAAAACAGGGGAUUUCAUUGAAUUUGAGUGUAAAAGUUCACAUAAAGAGAGAACACCCAUACAAUCAUUCCGAGUCCUCUGUCAGGAAGGGAAGUUUGAAUAUCCCACAUGUGAAUGA